AUGGUGAGCAAGAAAGCCAGCAAAUGCCUGCUCACAAAUUCAGACACAGAGGUCGAGGCAUCCGCGUCAUUAACCCUGGAGAUGAAAUACUCUCUGGAUCCCAACAGGCAGAUUAGAAAAAGAAAUAAAGCCCUGCAGGUAAGAUUUAAGGACAUCUGUGAAGCCCAAAAUGAGCAAAGGGAACUGGCCAAGCAAUCAGAAAGAAAGGGUACGAAACCAAUCUCUUGUAAAGCGGCUUACCGCAAGUACAUGACUGUGCCAGCAAGAAGGUCAAUACCCAACGUUACCAAGAGCACUGGGGUGCAGACUUCUCCCGAUCUCAAAAAACGCUACCAGACGUUCCCUUUUGAGCGGAAGAAAGGGCAUGCCAUUAAGAAUGCAUCAGUUGUGGAAGACUUCAAAAGUCACAACAAUGGAUUUGUAAUCGACAUUAAGGGUAAUAAAGACAAAGUAAGCUCAGGGGGAGCUGCUCAAUGCAGCAAGGUGGUCAGCAAACAAAAAGAAGCUGUGUUGACUUCACAUACUAACGACUGCUUAAACGCAGUAGAUAAGCAUUCCAGUGGUAACUGUUCCGAUGGAAAAACAUGCACCAAUGCCUUGUUGCACAGCUACUCUGAAGAUACCCCUUGUUUUUCAAACCCAGCAGACUCCAGUUUAAAAGAGCCUGUGUACCAGCUGUGCAACAUUAAAUCCAAACUUCACAGAGGAGCGUCACAAGGCAACCAGGACUCUAAUCAGUCAGCACACACGCAGACGCUGAACUUCGAACAAGUUUCAAUAGCACAGGUGACGGACACAGCUCACAGGGUCACGGGUCCCAUUGCCUGGAACUCUUUAACGCAGGUUGAAUGUCUGGAAAGUCCAUCGGCAGGGAAAAAAAACAAGAAAGCUUUGCAGUUGAAUGGAAUGCAGUCGCAACCAUUAAGCAGCCAGGCCUGUUCGAUACAGGCUCAGUGCCAAUCAAGCCAGUGUAAUGAACAGUCCCUUCAGACCCAUGCUUCACCUGCAGUGGAAACUCAGCCCUGUCAGGGCGCAAUGGCAGCGAGUGAGACUUGCCAGCAGAUUGUGCCUCUUGCACAAGACGGGGACCUAAAAGCACAGCUCCAUGUGAUGGAGAACCUUAUCAGCUCCAGUCAGGAGACCAUCAAAGUGCUGCUGGGUGUAAUUCAGGAGUUGGAAAAGGGAGAAGCCCACAGAGAAGGCCUCUCCUACCGGACUGGACAAGACACGGCAAACUGCGACACCUGCCGAAACAGCGCAUGCAUUAUUUACAGUGUUGAACUAGACUUUAAGCAACAAGAGGACAAACUUCAACCAGUUUUGAAAAAGCUCUGUCCAUUUGAAGAAACUCAGGUUCCAUCUUUGCCUUACCCCCAGGAAGGAUAUGCUUCAACACCGAAACAGAAAUCCAAAACCGAGUCAAAGAAGCAUGCCAGGUGGAAACUCUGGUUUCUUUGAACAGGACUCUGCUAAUGGAUCUCAAAUUGUAUGGCCUACCUUCACCAACACAUGGAUAUUAGUUCUAAA